AUGAACACCGUCCAGAGUACGGGCCAUGCGACCGUUCGGAACAAGAAGGAUUCGCAGUUCGAGGAAUUAACUGUCUCUUCCUCGGAAAAAAGAAAUUGGAGAGGAAUUUUUAUUGCGCUUUUAGUGAUUGCUGCCGUAUUGGGGCUAAUUGUGUUUUCCAUUCUACUUCUAUCACCAGAGAUCGAAAGCUCGAAGCUGCACGGGCGUCGCAUAUCGCUGUACGAUAUUAAGUCGGGCCGGUAUGAAUGGAACACGCAGAACGGUUCCUGGAUUAAUCGGUACGAGUAUGUGUUCAUCAACUCGGAAGGUGGCCUAACAGCGCUGCAAAUCACCCGUGACGGUGGUUUCCGGUUCGAGGUUCUCAUGAACAAUGCCACCUUUAGGCAGCUCAACGUGGACAGUUACGAUGUGUCACCGGAUCGGAACUUUGUGCUGCUGUACGCGUCCAACGGUAACACGCAGCGGUACAACCGCAGCUACUACGUGUACGAUUUAGCCUCGUCGAACGUGUUCUCGCUGUCGGCGAAGGAGUUGGACACGACCGCACCACAGCUACAGCACGUCCUGUGGGCACCGGUGGCCUCGAACGGUUCCGGCAGUGUCGGUGGGGAGAAGUCGUCCGGACAAUCCUUCCAUUCGCCAUCGUCCGCAUCCUCACCCUCGUCAUCCGGUUCGACCGCAUCCACCGGCACCUCCUCCCAGGGCAUUGCGUACGUGCACCAGGGCGACAUUUACUACAAGCCGCGCGUACAGUACGAUCUUAUCUGUCGCAUCACCACCAGCGGUCGGGACGGACCGGUACUGAAUGGCGUGCCCGAUUGGCUCUACUCGAACGUGCACGAGCUGAAGGGACCGUCCUUACUCUUCUCGCCCGACGGCCAGUAUCUAUCCUUUCUCUCCUUCAAUCUAUCGAGCGUGCAGGAGUAUCAGUAUCUUUGGUACGGUGAUGGACAGCAGUAUCCGAAGAUACACAGCCUGCGCUACCCGAAGGUACAUUCGGCGAACCCGAACGUGACGGUGUACGUCGUACAUCUGGGCGUGCUGAAGUACAUCUUCCCGAAACCGGUCAACGUGCCGGCGUAUAUCCGUGCCACCGACAGUUACGUCGGUGGUCUCAGCUGGCUGUCGUCGACCGAGCUGUCCGUCACGUAUGCCAGCCGGAAUCAGAGCGUAGCACACGUGCUGCUCUGCCGAGCACCAUCGUUUACAUGUGUGGAGAUCUUCCAAGAGAAGGCGGUCGCCAACUCGUGGGUAUUGAUCGGUGAGACGCCACUGUUCAUUCGCCGACCGGCAUCGCUGGACAGUUUCGCUGCCGAUGCACCGCAGCCCGCACCUGCCCCAGCACCGGUGACGACGUCUACGACAACAGCACCACCACCAACGACGCCGCCCGUACCCACGAUGCCGCGCCAUCUGUACAUGCUGAAGCGCCUAAAUGUGCGUGACGGUUCGCACGGGUACUACCGCCAUCUGGUGCUGGUGCUGCUCGGUACCAAGCGCACCAUCACGCUGACGAUGGGCCAGUUCGAGGUGACGGAAAUUGUCGGGUACGAUGAGCGCCGCGGGCUCGUCUACUUCAUGGCGGCACCGUACCACAAACCGGGCCAACGGCAUCUGUACAAAAUACCGCUCGGACUCGAACAGAUGGCAUCGAUGGUGGGCAGCGGUGGGGGUGGCUCGUCCGCUUCCGGCGGGCCGGGUACGCCCUUCGACACCCACCCGGACACCGGCCGUCCCGGGGCUAAUGCGAGCGAUGUGCUGCUGUUGCGCCCGUUCGGGUCCGCCGUGCCGUACUGCGUGACGUGCGGCCGUGGCCCGUCGGACGGCAGCGACGGUGACGACGGUGCCGACGCACCGCCCAAGCGCCCCAACAACUGUCUGUUCAACCGCGUCGCGUUUAACGACGACUACACGUACUUCGUGCAGGAGUGCCUCGGACCGGAAUCGCCCUCCACCUACCUGGUGGAGGCCGGUUCGGAGCGCAAGGUGCGCGUGCUGAACGAUGGCAACGAACUGCGCGAACAGCUGGUCCAGCUUGCCAAGCCGCAGAUAAUGACGUUCAGCGUGCAGAUCAAGUACGACUUUAACGCGCAGGUCAAACUGUUCCUGCCGCCCGGCGUGAAGGAGGACGACGACUUGCAGCUGCCGCUCAUACUGCACAUUGAGGCCGGCCCGGAACGGCAGCUCGUGUCGGAGGAGUACAGCGUUGACUGGAACUGGUACCUCAGCAGCCAUCAGUCGUACAUCAUCGCGCAGAUCGAUGCCAGGGGGUCCGGAUUCCAGGGCGAAUCGCUCAAGACCCAAAUUCGCGGACGCGUCGGCAUCGAGGUCGAAGAUCAGCUGGCCGUGCUGAUGUAUUUGCGGGACAACUUGAAGCUGGUAGAUCCGAAUCGCAUCUGUGUUUACGGCAAGGGCUACGGUGGAUACAUUGCAAUGCAGAUGCUUGCUACUGACGCGAACCAGGUGCUGAAGUGUGUGGCCGCUAUUUCGCCGAUCGUAUCCUUCCGCUAUUACAAUUCCUUCUUUACCGAGCGGUAUGUGCUGCAGCAGGAUGACACCGAGCGGUCGCUGAUCGAGUCGGAUCUGUCGACCAAGGUCGCCAGCCUGGCGUCGAAGAACUUUCUGCUCAUCCACAGCACGGCCGACUGCGUGGUGCACGAGCAGCACGCGGCCCUGCUCACCCGUUCGCUCGUCAAUCGGGGUAUCAUCUUCCGGCAUCAGAUGUACGUCGACGAGGAUCACGAGUAUCGGAGUGUGUCCGAGCAUCUGUUCCACACGAUCGAAACGUACAUUGAGGAGAACUUCGGCAACGAUAAUCAGGACUGGACGUCAGCAUUCUUCCUGUCUAAAACGUAGUUCUUCCAGCGGCAGGCAACCGAACCGU